GGGGGAGACGCAGAAUCCGAAGCAGGCUCCAGGCUCUGAGCUGUCAGUACAGAGCCCGACGUGGGGCUUGAACUCACAGACCGUGAGAUCGUGACCUGAGCCGAAGUCAGACGCUUAACCGACUGAGCCACCCAGGUGCCCCUCCUUUCUUUUAAUUUUUGAGAGAGAGAGAGAGAGUGUGAGCAGGGGAGAAGGGCAGAGAGAAUCUUAAGCAGGCUCCAUGCUCAAUGGAACCCAACGUGGAGCUAGAUCCCAUAACCCUGGGAUCGUGACCUGAGCGGAAAUCAAGAGUUGGAUGCUUAACUGACUGAGCCACCCAGGCACCCCAACAGGAAGUAGUUUCUUAAAGGUUGGUUGCAUUGUGGAAUAUGAAACCCUGUCAUUGAGCUUUUCAUUCAUGUUAAAAUCCAUUGGUCUGUCUGGAGAUCAUGGGUUGGUAACUUUGCCUCACUGCAUCCCAGAGAGCAAGAUGGGUCACCAGCAGCUCUACUGGAGCCGUCCGAGGAAAUCCGGUGAGGGUUCUCAUUCUUGCCACAUCUACUCAAACUGGCAUAGUCUAAUCUGGAAAUAUAGCCUUACUAUGUGCCACCAUCAUUUCCGUCAGUAUGCAAAGGAUAAAGGCUUCAUUAAGUUUGAUUAAAUGAGCUUCCUUGAAUGGGUCAUCCAGGAUACCUACAUUAACUGUAGAUAUCCAAGACACCUACCUUCCUGCUAACUCUUUGUACAUAAAAUUAAAGUACUUCAAUUAAAAAAAAGAAAAAUACUGGUUUAUUGAGUUAUAUAGAUCUCCCAAAUGUCAAUACAUUUCUUUAUACAACAUUUAAAAAUCCUAUUAAUCUCAUCAGAACUAGUCUUAUCAUAAAAGCUUGAACGAUUGGGAAGUUUUCAAGUUCAAAGGUGGAUAUAAGUUCUCUAAAAUUCUAAUUUUCACUUGAAAGCUUGAAUUUUAUCAUUGGCAACAAUGUUUGUUUUCUUGAAGUGACAGGCUUAUUUCAUUCAUUUUUAAGAAAAUAACCAGGUCCGAAUGACCUUAGUUUGUUGGCCAUUCUUUGAGGUAAAAAUUGUAUUCUAUGAAAAAUGUAAUUUUAAAAAAUGUUUAUUUAUUUGGAGAGGGAGGGAGGGGGAGG